CCUUGGCCCAGGUUAUGCUUUCUGUUCAUGCGCGUUACUUCUUCGGGCUUUGCCGUUUUUUUCUAUGCGUUCAAAUUGAACUGCGAAUUGCUCACACGGGAUUAUGAUUGAUGGGACAUGGGAUGAAUGGAUACCAUACAAGGCAAUACAAUGCAAUGCAGAACUCAACACGAUAUGAACGAAUACGUUAUGAAAGGUUUUCUGUGCCCGAAGCAGGAGUUUCACUAUGGAUAGGAUGGCGAUUAUUUUCUCUUAAUAUCUCUUUUCUCGUACAUGGUAAUUCAGCGAUAGGUAUUGACUUCUUUUUUUUUUUUUUUUUGCUCUAUCUGUCCCGAUGAGUACUAGGUAGUCUGUCCCAUUGCCCAUCCAAUUUCGCUGGAUUGUCCUAUGUCAAGCAUACUAGCAAGGAGUAAGUUAGACCAUGAGAUCUAG